AUGCCCGAACGUCAACCCAUCUCCGUCCUCUUCGUCUGCCUCGGCAACAUCUGUCGGUCGACAAUGGCCGAGGGCAUCUUCCAGAGCCUUGCAAACAAGCCCCCAUACCAAGGCAAGGUCAAGAAGAUCGACAGCUGCGGAACUGGUGCGUAUCAUGUCGGAGAGGGCCCAGACGACCGGACGAUGGCCACCCUGGAAGAGCACGGCAUCACAGAUUAUGUGCACAGGGCGCGCAAGUUCAACAUGAAGGACUUGGACAACUUCGACUACGUUUUCGCCAUGGAUCGAAACAACCUCAGCGACCUCCAGCGGAUGCAUAAGAACAAGCCAGAGGCCAGGGCCAAGAUCAUGUUGUUUGGCGAAUACUCGGGCACUGGCAAGGCUGAAGUUGUACAGGACCCGUGGUAUGGGCCUCUGGAUGGCUUCGAGACAACCUACAACCAGUGCUUGAGGUUCACCAAGAACUUCCUCAGGGAUGUGUUCCCCGAAGCCACACCACCGGAGGAGUGA